GACACGGAUGCUGAACAUCAGAAUUCCUCUAGAACCCCUUCUAAGAGGAAGAGAUUGUCUUCAGCUGGGGCAAGAAGAUCAAAUAAUAAAAGAAUACAGUUUAAAGAGGAAUGAAAUAGUCCUAGAUGUUACUGAGGAUCUGGCUGUUAUCUUGUCAUCCUCAGUCAUUCAUAGUUUCUAUCAGACUGACACGAAAAAGCAAUCUGUGGAAUCCUUACAAGUGAAGCAAUCAAAGAAAACAGCUGUGACUAAGAAAGAAAAAAAAAGCACUUAUAAUUGUCCUGUUUGUCCAGUAAUAUGCUCCAGAGAAGAUUUUCUGAUAGACCAUGUUAUUUGCUGUCAUGCUAAAAAAGGCAAAACUCACUUAGUCAAAGAUCUUUCUCUUCAGGUACCAAUAACUGAGGAACCUGUAGAGGAGCUUAGGAGUUCCUAUGACGAGAAUGAUAAACACAUAGCAUAUGGUAGUGUAUACAUAGAGGGUUAUGAAGUGGAUUGUAUUAUUCCAUCACAAACAGAGUUUGCAGAGAGUGAUGAAGUGGAGUGUAGUAUUCUAACAACAAUAGAGUUUGCAGAGAGUGAUGAACUGGAGUGUAGUAUUUCAACAAUAGAAUUUGCAGAGAGUGAUGAAGUGGAGUGUAGUAUUCCAACAACAAUAGAUUUUGCAGAGAGUGAGGAAGUGGAGUCUAGUAGUCCCACAAGAAUAGAGUUUGCACUAACAACAGUGAAGGUUUUGGCAAGCAGAUGUUGGAAGAACUUCAAACGGUUUAUCCUGCAUCUCUGUGGGGAUGUUGAAGAAAAUCCAGGACCUACAAUGCUGAAGUGCAAGUGGGAGCAGUGUACAGAGGACAAGUUCACUGAUAUUCGUCUAUUAGCCCAGCACGUGAUUUCGCACAUUCAUCCUGGAAUUCUUUGCCAAUGGGAAGAAUGUGUAUAUUGUUGUCCAAAUGAACAAUACAAACUGGAAAUUCAUGUGCUACAACAUAUAUACUUGGAACAGUUAACUUUUCAGUCAAUUGAAGAAUGGGGAAGAGCACUUCCUUCAGGACAGUUUUCAGAGAAUUGUACUGAUCUUCACUUGUGUCCUCCUAAUUUGAAAAUUAAGUUAGGCCUCCCAUUGUUAGAUGAAGAAUUUAGUAUGCCAUCUCAGUACCCGUAUACUGUUAAAGAUCAUCAGCUUUAUGUACUACAGUUACAGACAGAGAAUCCAGAAAAUUAUGAAAGAUUAGUAUCUGCCUUUCAACAAAAGGUUGAAACCAUGAGUGAUACUACAGCUAGUCAAUCUGGAACUGAACCCUCAACUUCUACUAGUGGUAAUACCACAGAGCUGACAAUCCAGGGAAUUGAUCAAUUGGCUGUCUUGAACUCUAACAUGACACGCUCAAGUCAACAGGUUAUUGUCACAAACCGUCCUGAGCUGACAGGUACCAAUCAGAGUACAGUAAAAUUUACACUCAGAGAUGAAACAGAAAUAGUAACAAGGAAGUAUAUCUCAAGCAACUCUAAGAAGAGAAAAUAUGUAGCCUCCAGCAUUCAAAACCUUAAUGAUAGAAACAUGACCGAAAAUGAUCUAAUAACAAACUUAAAUAUGUGUAGACAGGCUAUUUUGGUGGAACAUAAUAUAAUCAGCAAAAUGCAAGAUAUGAAAUUUCUUGAUCCAAAUAAUUGUCUAUUUUUAUUUGAGGAAGCUGCUAUUAAUAUGUCAACUUAUCCAGACUGCUCUGAAGGAGUUUUCAUUUUUUCAAUCUUUGAUAUUGAGAUUGAAAAUCACAAUGCACCUGUACAUUAUAUACGAUACAUAGAAUCAGGAUAUUACAAACAUUUCAUGGAGGAGACUUUUCUGGAUGUAAUAUGUCAAACAUUAGGAAUUCUGCAAGAUAAUGUAUUCUUAUGCAACAUCCUAACUGGUGGAGAUCAGCAGAGAAUGCUCAUUGAAAAGAAAAACAAGGACUCAAGAAAAUCUAGAACACGCCCUGACAAAAUUUAUGCCAACAAUUUAAAGAGCUUAAAAUCUAGAAGACAACAAUUGUGUGAAAAAGUUAAAGACUUUUGUGACAUUGAACUAGCUGCUUGUUUUGUGCACACUGCUAGACAUGGUUAUAAAGUUAAGAUAGAUUCAGAUGCCAGUGAUGGUCUUUACUUUUCAUCUAACAAUGAACUAUUCCACACAGAUAUCAUACAAAACAAGAUACUUCAUUACCCAGAAGUGAAAAAUGCAGAAGUUAGUGACAAAUGCUCAGAUGACUUUAUGAAGCCUCUCCCUGCUAGUAAUGUUAAUAACCUAUGUUACAAAAGUUGCAUGAUUAACUUUCUAUCAAAUGAUCACAACAGAUUCCUUGGAAAAGAAAAUUUGCGCUAUCAUUACAGAUUUUCAACAAGUCCAAAGGCCACCUCUUUGAGAAAUCGGGUAUUGUACUUGUACAAAAAUCAUCAGCUGAAUGAACUUCAAACCAUUUACUCAUCUUUCCAACAAGAAGACCAGAAUCAAGAAAACAUAAAUAACCAAAAUAUGAAUGAUCCCACUGGAGAACCUCAAACAAAAAGAACAAGGACAUUUAUUCCACGGAAGAAAAUUCUGACAAAAGAAAUGGCUUUGCAGACUAUUUCAGGACAAAAUGUGGAAAAUAUGUUCAAAAAAGUAAAUUUAUAUGAUAACUACAAGAAAAAUCUUUUACAGAAUCGAAGUUUUAUUAUCCAGGUUUACGAUGAAGAGAAAGUUAUUGCAAUUAUGAAUGAUUAUGAUGAUGAAAGUGGGGAAUUUAGAAGCUCUGAUUAUGUAAAAACAUCAAGGGAUCUUUUCGAGAACGGUUAUUUUUACACUUGCAACUGUCGUAUCUAUCGUACCUUGUUGGAAUCCCUGGAUAACAAUAUGGAACAGUUUGAUGCUCUGGAUGAAAAUGGUAUUAAAUGCAUGCAUUGUCGUUUUUUGCAUCAAGAGGUAUCACCAAAUUUGGAAAGGAAUGAGCAAGCAACCGUAACAAACAUUCAAGUAGUCAUACAAGAUGCUCUGUUAUACAAGGAUAGGAAAAUUAUUGAAUUGCCAACUACAAGACCAGGAACCAAAAAAUUUUCAAUUUUGAUAGAUGAUGACAUUUCAUUAGUUCAUUUGACAUUCAAUUCACGUCUUCAGCGCUAUAUAGUUUCCUGCUUGAAUGGAUUAUGUAAAAGUAAAAAAGGAUGCAAGAAAAAUGUUGACUGUCUUAAUACUGAUCAAAAUUUAUGUGUUCAUUUGUCUGAGCUGAAGAAUGCUCCUCAUUUUUGGACAGAAUUUAGCAAACCUGAAGCUGCAGUGAACACUGAAAAUGAUGAGAAUAUACAGCUUAUUGAUCCCAAUCUAGUUCAGAAUAUACAACAUCGUUAUAUAUUGGGCGCUCUUAACUUAAACAAUGUUGAAAAUGGAUGCAUUAAAGGUCCACAUCUUAUUCCAGAUAUUCCAACUUCAGUUUGUCCAUGUGGCGCAGGAUGGACAAGUAAUCAGCAGCUAAAUGGUGUAAGUACAUUUUCCAGAGUACUCACUAUCUAUACAAAAAUAGCACCAGUACAGUGUCAGGUAUAUAGCAGAAGCUGUGCUAAUGAAGAAUCACCUUGUAAAAAAGACUGGGAUGAAGGAGAUAAAGAAUGUUUACAUGUAGUUACCCGAGAUACUGCAGCUGGAGAUGAAAUUGACCACAUUAGUGGCCUUAAUAUAAAUGCUGCUGGAAAUGGCUUUUACAACAGAAAAAUGUAUGAAAUGAGAGAGUAUGCUCCAGAAUUAAGAGAUUUGAUUGCUUCAUCCAUGCUUAGUCAUGCCAAUCCUCAAGGAAAUAAUUUUGUUCCCGAUGAUGUCAUUACAUUUAUUCGAUAUUUGAUCAAAUGUGUUGCAGAUAUGGAGAUCACUCAACCAGAUCCUGCAAAUCCACAACCAGGAACAUAUAACCCAGCUAAGUAUGGAAGAGCUUACUACUUUUCAGAAACUGACCCUUAG